AUGGCAGACCAGAGCCCACCAAACACCUACAAACAGGGCUACUCCGCCUCCACCGUGUCAAACCACCAGCGACGCACCGCAGAGGUUGACGCUGCCUUCCUCCUCCCGCACAUAAAAAAGACCGACCGCAUCCUCGACGUCGGCUGCGGGCCGGGCACCAUCACAUCCGGCUUCGCCAAAUAUGCUCCGGAAGGCAUGGUCGUCGGCAUCGACAUCUCAGCCGACGUGCUCGAAAAGGCGAGGGCGCUCGCAGCCGAGGCCGGCGUCCCCGCCGAAGGCCCGGGGAGCGUCGUCUUCGAGCAGGGCAACGUGCUGGGCAGGCUCCCCCACCCGGACGACACAUUCGACAUCGUCUUCUGCUCGCAGGUGCUCGGGCACAUGCCGUCGCCGGACCUGGUCGUCCGCGCGCUGACCGAGAUGCGCCGCGUGCUCAGGCCCGGCGGCAUCCUGGCCGCGCGCGAGGCCGCCUUCCAGCACUUCUGGCCGCGGCACCUCGGCCUCGACCGCCUGUGGGUGGCGAACCUGCGGAGGGCGCUGCGUGGCUCCGCCAACGGCGGCGGCGGCGGUGGCGAUGACGAGAGCAUUGGGGCCAGCCUGCCGUCCUUGUUUCGCCGGGCCGGGUUUGACCCGGAUAGCGGCAAGGUCGUGGUUGGCGCGGGAACGUCUGUGAUUUUUGGGCCCGAGGCCCGGCGCUGGAUAGCGCGCCGCGCCACCGGCCAGCUGCAGCCCGGCGACCCCUUCCGCCAAAGCUGGGUGGACGCCGGCAUCACGGAGGAUGAGAUCCAGGAGACGCUUCGAGCUAUAGCAGCGUGGGCUGAGACGGAGGACGCCGUCUUCAUGGCGCUGCAGUGCGAGAUGCUUGCUUGGAAAUGA